ACUACUUGACAUUGACUCUAAAUACCACGCCUCUAAACUAGGCCCUAGCACGAAGAGCAGGUUGUCAUCAUCGUCCAACACCCUCUUAGGUCGCCAAUGACCCACCCCCCGUCCCAGACCCGUCCCCCCCUCUCCUUAAACAUUCCCAGCCCUUUACCACUCCUAUUCCCCCCUUCCCGCAGGUCCCCCAUUUUCAGUCUCUCGUCUCCAGUGUAUGUGUGUGUGUCCCUCCGUCCCAUGCCAUUACAUUUCUCUUGUGACGAUUCGCCUCCUUAGUCUUCUUUUAACAUCUUCUAUCCCCCAUCCAUGCCCCGGAAAUAAGCUCUGUCUGCUGGUUAAACUUUAAGUUUAAGAUUCAGACCGAGAUCCGAGCGUGUAAGCCUGUGCCAAGAACUGCGAGAGCAAAGGGGGGGUGAACCCAGAGAGCUUCGCUCACCCACAUCGUAUAAUCUGUGCACCAGCCAUGACACCACAACUCCCUUUCAGCAAAAAAGACGAAACACGUAGCCCCCCGCACCCCAUCACUCUCGUGGCUACGUGGACUAUCUCCUGUCUACGCGCGCUUCGGAGGUCGGGCUAUGUCCAGCUCGCCAUCAAGUAUGUCGCCAUCAUAGUCGUAGCGGUGCUCGCCCUCAUGCCCAUCUUCGUGCCUUCAUACACGCGCCCACCACCACACUACCGCGAGCUCGAGCGACGAUGCGAAGACCCCGGCCGCCGCAAGGUCGGCUGCGCCAACCCCCUGAACGAGCAGGUCUUCAUCUCCAUCAUCCUGUACGACCGCGGCGGCAAGCUGUCUGGCGGGAAAUGGGGUGAGCGGCUCAUAAAGCUGAUCGAUCUGCUGGGGCCGCCAAACGUUUUCCUGAGCAUCUACGAGAACGACAGCGGGCCCGAGGGCCGAGCGGCGCUGGCCGACCUGAAGCAGCGCGUGCCCUGCCGCCACAGCAUCGUCAGCGAGGAGCACAUCUCGGUCGAGCAGUUCCACAACAUCACCUUCCCGGACGGCAGCCAGCGGACCAAGCGCGUGGCGUUCCUGUCGGAGCUGCGCAACCGCGCGCUGCGGCCGCUCGACGCCUUCCGCGAGGAGCGCGGUGCCGUCGAGUACGACAAGGUGCUGUUCCUCAACGACAUCGCCUUUGAGCCUAUCGACGCCGCCCACCUGCUGUUCAACACGAACCAGGGGCGCAACGGCCGCGCUGACUACGUCGGGGCGUGCGGCGUCGACUGGUUCGGGCCGUCAAACAUUUACGACAUAUACGCUUUACGAGACGCCGAGGGCUAUGCCUAUUACCAGAACACGUACCCCUUCUUCGGGCGACGGGGCCAGGGCCGCUCGCGGGCGGCUGUGCUGGCCCAGUCGGACGCGGUGCCGGCCAGGUCGUGCUGGGGCGGCAUGAUGGCGGUCCAGGCACGAUACGUCCAGAACCUGCUGUGCGAGCCGCCGUCGCCCGCCUUCUCGGCCGUGAACGGCCACGUCAUCGACCCGGACAUGCCGCGGAACGUCACGGCGCCUGUGCGGUUCCGCUACGAGCCGGGCAUCUAUUACGACGCCUGCGAGUGCUGCCUCUUCUCGGCGGACCUGGGCCAGCUAGCGCGGAGCGAGGGCCAUAGGACUGGCAUCGUCAUGAACCCUUACGUGCGCGUGGCUUACACGGAGAAGGUGCUGCGGUGGCUGCCGCUCGUCAAGUACUGGGAGCGUCUGUGGGUCUUUGUAUGGGAGUUCAGGAGCCUAAUCACGUCGCGCGCCGACAACCCGUACCGCACCGUGGCCGAGGGUGAGCCGUUCGUGGAGGAGAUCUUCGACGGCGGAUGGCGGCUGGUGAAGCGCGUCGGCCGCAGCGGCCUGUUCUGCGGCGUAAGAGACAUGCAGGUGCUUCGCAAGGACGGCGAGCACCACAAGGGUACCGGCCGGUUGCCACACUUGAACUGGGUGAAUACAAGAAUGCCGCCAGGCCAACAGCUCAGUUUCAAGUCGUGGUGGGGCAGAAUUUUACCAACAAAUUGGCCAAGAGAGUACACAGGCUCGGCGCAGGAGGUCCGCGAAACAUUCUUUGAGUGGGAAUAAGAAAGACUGCGCGAUGCGUGCCAUGGUUGGCGCGAGGCUGGAUAUCCGAGUAAGUGAGGGCUACGAAUGAACCCCCUCCAGACAUUGACCACUUGGACCAUAUAGCAACCGGACCUUGCGCAAAAGCUAACUCGUCAGAAGCCAGUCGACUCCAUCAGGUUGACCACCCGCGCCUCUCCAAACCAGAUGCAAGGAAGUGGCACACAACCCAAAACAGAAGAAGCUCUCCGAGCACAGCCCAACCCC